AUGGCUCCUUAUCACAUCCGCAAAUACCAAGAAAAUGACCGCAAAUGGGUCACAGACUUGUUCUCUGAGGCGAUGGCCGAGCACAUUCCUACCACCUUCUGCCACAUCCCGAAGCUGCCCCAAACCCUUGUGCUCUUGCUUGGGGGACCCCUCGCCCUAAUCCUAGUCUCUGGCUCCUGGGUCCUGGCCUUCGUGUCCAGCCUCGCCCUCCUUGCUGCCCUGAGGUUCCUUGCUGAAUACCCCUGGAAGCAGUUUGUAGUCAUGUCUUUGCACACAGACAUGUCUGACAUCACUAAAUCUUACCUCAGUGAGAGCGGCUCCUGCUUCUGGGUGGCUGAGUCGAAGGGGCAGGUGGUGGGCAUAGUGGGAGCACUACCUGUUAAGAAGCCCACCCUGCAAAAGAUGCAAUUGGAGCUGCUUCACCUAUGUGUGACCCCUGAGCACCGAGGUCAAGGGAUAGCCAAAGCCCUGGUCAGGACUGUGCUCACGUUUGCACGAGACCAGGGCUAUGGUGAAGUGGUCCUCACCACCAGCAUACUGUAGCACUCUGCCGUGGCCCUUUACCAGCGCCUUGGCUUCCAGAAGACAAGCCAGUUUUUCUUAUUCACAAGCUGGAGGCUAAUUUCUUUCUCUCAAAUUCAAUUCACCUACUGCCUCCCCUCUGCUCAGGUCUCUCAGGCACUGGAGCAGGGAGGGGGCCUGCGAUCUGUUUAG